AUGUCGGAGGAUCACGAGAUGGACAAGAUGAUCAAGGAAACCUCCAUUUUAGAGGAGUACAACAUUAACUGGACUCAGAAGUUGGGAGCUGGGAUCAGUGGUCCUGUUAGAGUCUGCGUGAAAAAAUCCUCUCAAGAACGCUUUGCACUGAAAAUUCUUCUUGAUCGUCCAAAAGCUAGAAAUGAGGUACGUCUGCACAUGAUGUGUGCAACACAUCCAAAUAUUGUUCAAAUUAUUGAAGUUUAUGCUAACAGUGUGCAGUUCCCACAUGAAUCCAGCCCAAGGGCUCGGCUCCUAAUUGUAAUGGAGAUGAUGGAAGGGGGAGAGCUAUUUCACAGAAUCAGCCAGCACCGGCACUUUACUGAGAAGCAAGCAAGCCAAGUAACAAAGCAGAUAGCUUUGGCUUUGCAGCAUUGCCACUCAUUAAACAUUGCACAUAGAGACCUCAAGCCUGAGAAUCUCCUCUUCAAGGAUAACUCUCUGGAUGCACCUGUUAAGUUGUGUGACUUUGGAUUUGCCAAAGUAGACCAAGGUGACUUGAUGACACCACAGUUCACUCCAUAUUACGUAGCACCUCAGGUUUUGGAGGCACAAAGACGACAUCAGAAAGAAAAAUCUGGUAUUAUCCCCACCUCUCCAACACCUUACACUUACAACAAGAGCUGUGACUUGUGGUCCCUGGGUGUCAUUAUUUACGUGAUGCUGUGUGGAUACCCUCCGUUUUACUCCAAACACCACAGUCGGACAAUUCCAAAGGACAUGCGGAAAAAGAUCAUGACAGGAAGUUUUGAAUUUCCAGAGGAAGAGUGGAGCCAGAUCUCAGAAAUGGCGAAAGACAUUGUGCGAAAGCUGCUGAAGGUCAAACCUGAGGAACGGCUGACCAUUGAAGGUGUGCUGGACCAUCCCUGGCUCAACUCCACCGAGGCACUUGAUAACAUCCUACCCUCUGCCCAGCUGAUGAUGGAUAAGGCAAUGGUUGCAGGGAUACAACAGGCUCAUGCAGAACAGCUUGCAAACAUGAGAAUCCAAGACCUCAAAGUCAGUCUCAAACCCCUUCACUCCGUCAACAACCCAAUCCUGCGCAAAAGGAAAUUACUGGGCACUAAGCCAAAGGAUGGUGUUUAUAUCCAUGACCCUGAGAAUGGAAGUAAUGAUUCCAAUGUGGCUCUGGAAAAGCUCAGAGAUGUGAUUGCCCAGUGCAUUCUACCACAGGCUGGUAAAGGAGAGAAUGAAGAUGAGAAGCUGAAUGAAGUGAUGCAGGAGGCGUGGAAGUAUAAUCGAGAGUGUAAGUUGCUGCGAGACACUCUUCAGAGCUUCAGCUGGAAUGGCAGAGGAUUCACAGAUAAAGUGGAUCGACUAAAACUGGCAGAAAUAGUAAAACAAGUUAUUGAAGAGCAGACAAACUCCCAUGACUCUCAAUAGCUGGAGCUUCUUAAUCUUAUUUUUUUUACCAUUUAAAAUUUAUUCUUUAACUGUAAAAAGUAUUUUUAUGUAAAUUAAUAAAUCAUAAUUAUUUCAUUAAAUUUCCAUACUGCUUGAAAAUGCUGUAUAGUUGUAGAUACAAAAAAAUCAUUGGUACUGUAAUAUUUUUUUAAAACUCAGUUCCUUGAGGUAUAUAUGAUCACUUAUGUACUGUUAAUCAUGAGUCCCCCAGACGGGGCAAAUUAUAUUGUUAAAGACCAUCUUUUUCUUAAUAACCAGUUGCAGAAGCUGCCUUCCAUCUGCUAUACAUACAGCCAGCUGCAAUGACUAUGUAUGUGAACGAGACAGCCACAGUUUCUCAACACCCUGCUCAGUAAGUACUUGAAGCAAGUGCUGUGAAACACGAACUUCAUAGCUACCCUUUGCGCCUAAAUUCUGAGUCUUUAUGUAGAGGCAACUAAAUAGCCUUCUGUUUCGCUAGGUGACCCGAGAGCCACGCUUGACCUUGCCAAGGGCACCUGAGUCCAUAUGCUUGCUGUAUUUUUCAGUUCUGAUCAGUGGCCCUCUUUCUUUCUUCUUCCCCAUCUUCCUCAGACCUUUUUUAAGGCUGAAUUGGCCAUUCAGCAUUAAGACUCCUCUUUUUAUCACAUUGUUCAACAGCAGAAUAGAAGAAUGUUCUAGUUAUGUACAAGAUAUUUUUACUUUCAUAGUGGGAUCUUCUACGGACAACAGUAAGUGUGGGGUUCAUUUGCUUCGGCCCCAGAUCAGCAGUAGUGUGUGUUCCACCCGUGUACUCCAUUCUUUCCUUUCUAGAAGAUCCAACGCUUGGUCUCAGACUUGUCCUCUUGUUUGAAAGAGAUCAUCCUGGCGAGGGUCAUAGUGCUGCUGUGUGAAUCCACCGGUGAUCCUUCUCUUGUGUCACCCUCUGGAGUCCAAGCUCCCCCUCUCUUUGAUGCCUUCGAGCUCCUCCUUGGGGAGCACCAGAUGCAGGGCUGCUCCUUGACAGACGUCCUUAUGCUGCCUGGACCAUGAGGCUGACCAGGGCAGAUUCUUACGCUAGUCUGGAACAUUGGCUCCAAAAGCUGCUUUUUUUUUAAUUUUAAUUAAACAAACAAAUGAAAAGAAUCUGUACAUAUUUCUAGUUUUCUACCUUCUGAUGCUUUUCUUUCUUUUGAGACUGGUCGAAGGCUUUUUAUAGAGAUAUUUUGGUACUAAACCUGUGCAGACGUUGAACGAGUUUGGUCUGCAGACUGAAGUGCCAAUUCAGGGCUAUUAGUAAUGACUCUUGAACAUUAUUGUUAUAUUUCAUAGCUCAUUAAUUUUGGGUUUACAUUUACAAACCUGAGCCAUGAAUCUCCCAAUUUACUCUUGUGGCAGUCCAGCCGUCUUCUUUUUUGUCUUUUUUCUAUACCAGACUUCCUUGCAACCUUUAGCUUGGAUGGCAAAGCAGUGUCUGACUCUUUCUAUAAGAUUUUGUAAACAGUGACUUAAUUUUUCUAUAUGAAGGAGAUACUUCAUUUCCCACUCUUUGUCAGCACCUUGUCAGCUUUCUUUUAAUCCUGUUGACAGUUUUCCAAUGCCUGAUUUAUUGCAGAGUAAGAACCACAGUCCCUACUUGACCAUCACUUUCUCUGAUGGAAACAGGGAGUUUUUGUGUAAGCCAGAAUUGUACUUCUGACACUACAUGGAAUAUUUAUGCACUGACAUCUGAUUACAACUGUAGAGAUUUAGCAAGAGCCAAGAGUAUUUGUCCUUUCUUGGUAGUAUCAGCAAGUUUGCAGGCCCUAUUGUAUGCAUUUCUGUCCUUGCCCUAAAUUCUAGGUCGUGUCAACAUCCACACAUUCUCUGAAUGUAAUAGAUGAUGUACUUUUUAACUUGAAAUCCAUGGGUUUUUUUCUGGGAAAUCUCAUUGUUUUGGAACUUUUAAAUGUGGCAAAUAGAGACAUAAACAAGGCAAUCACCUUUGUUUGAAUGAGACUGCAAAAAAUUCCCCACAGAAGCACUUUGCAACUCUGCCCUCCGAGGAGGAAAAUACUCAGGCGGUUUCUUGGGAGCCAGAAUUUGUUAGCAGAAAAAUGGAUCCGAUUGUAGCGACUUUCACGGUCAACGCAGAGUGCAGUCAGCAGAGACUACUGCCAUGCCACAGCCUGAUACGAUCCCAGCGCCUUGUGGGUGUAACAUGCUGGGACCUGUUUUUUUUCUCUGGCAGGUUUCUCUAGUGUUAAAGAUGACGGCAGCGAGGCUUGCGUGCCGUUGUGUAACGGUCUUUAGGAAAUGGCUUUCUGCAGUACCAGCAUGCGUUUGGUAUAGCAGGGAGCGCCUUGGGGUGCGAGAGCAACUGCUGCUCGCCGACAUCCAAGGCGGCUCAGAAAUAAGCAGAGAAGAUGGGAUCUGACUGUGCGUUAGAGGGUCCCUCCUCUCUUCAUCCUCCCUUAACUUACACACCAGAAUGAUUUCGAGCUGUUACUGGUAGUGUGGUGGGUGCAUCUGUGACUGACCGUGAAGCGUUUUGGUGCGUUUGGAGGGAAGUCGAAUUUCGAAAGGCUUUUGUGAAUAAGGAACUGCUUUUUAUGGAUUGACUAUAGAUUUUAUUGUCUGUGAUAAAGAAGAAUGGCCUGAUCUAAAAUGGAGGUAGGGAGGGACAGAUUAAGAAAACACAAUUUGAAGAUUCAAGGUCAAAUGGUUUUAUUUCUAUGAGAAAAGUUGAUUAUUUUACUCUUUUAAAAAGUUAUGAUUUAGAUUUCAAAAUGAAAUACACUUUAAUGGAUUCAUUUACAUAUUUUAAAGUAGGAUUUUACUUUCACCUUCCUGUGGUUUUUAUUUUUCAGUUGACAGAAAUGCAAGAUACCUUUUCUUGGUUAUAUAAGGUUUUACUUGGUAAUAAAUCUACUGAUCCUUUGUAGCAGACUGUGAAUAUUGUAAAUAUCUUGAGAUGGAAGGGUUGUGUGGGAUCAAAGAAGACAUUCUUUGUACAAACACUAAAAGGAUAUGAGAAAGCUUUGUAGGGUUUUUUUUAGAAUUUUAUUUAAGAAAAAUCUCUGAAAUCAUUUGACCUUUUGAAAAUUUUAUGUAUAUCUGACUUGAUUAUUUUAAGCUAUAGGUAUUAAAAAGUUAGAAGAACUUGACUAGGUAAAAGAGUUUUCGAUUGGAAAUAGCAACAUGUCAAAGUUUUGCUGUCAUUACUUCAGGUUUUUCUUUUGGAAAUCUGAGUCUGUCCUCAUAAGCCAUGUUUAACUUCCGUGUAUUAAAAUGUUUUCAUUUCUCCUUUUCAGUGUUAUCUGUAAUAUGUUAGUUUAUUUUGGAUCAGUAUUAUAUUGUAAAU